UAAAAUCCAGCAAUAAACGAUCGCCCCUCAACGCGUCUCCUAAAUCGACGAAGAAAACAGCAAUUCGCACCCGACCUACGAAGCAACCAUAUGCACAACAAAGCAGUAUCAUCUAGCGGCGGGAAAGAAGUAGCGCCCGAUCUGGGCUGCGGUGGUCAUGCCCGUGGUAAUUUGCCCCAUCUGCGACCGGGAGGUCAAGCCGCUCGACAUCAACGCCCACAUCGACUCGGGCUGCGAGACGUACCUCCUCGAGAAGAUCAGCAUAAAUGACGACGCCAGCGCCAGCUCCAGCGCAGGUGGGGGUGGGAGCGGGCGUACGUCGACUCCCCCCAGCCAGACACAACCGCCGAGCUCGACACAGAAGAAGCGCUCCGCCUCGACCUUCUUCCAGACCCCGGCCGCAAAGCGACAGGCACCCUCAAUCCCCGCUACGACGAGCACGACGGGCUCGACACCUUUCCAGUCGAGCUCCAGCGCUGGAGCAGGACCCAACACCGUCAAGGCGGCCGCCGGAGUGAAGCGCAGCUUCGAGGAAGGGCCGGGACAGAGCUCACCCCCGGUAGCAAAAACAGAACCAACCGGGCACUUAGCGGCUGAGGUAAAUGGCAAUCCCACAGAAAUAAAACCCAACGGUAUCGCGGCCAUGCCCCCCGGCGCGAAGCGGACCAAGACCAGCCGGUCGACGCCGCUAGCAGAGCGCAUGCGCCCGACCUCGCUCGACGAUGUGUGCGGCCAGGACCUCGUCGGCCCGAACGGCGUGCUGCGCUCGCUAAUCGAGUCGGACCGCGUGCCGUCCAUGAUCCUGUGGGGCAGCUCGGGCACGGGCAAGACGACCAUCGCCCGCUGCAUCGCGCGGCGCGUCGGCAGCCGCUUCAUCGAGCUGAACGCCACCAGCACCGGCGUAGCCGAGUGCAAGAAGCUCUUCGGCGAGGCCGCCAGCGAGCUGGCGCUGACCGGCCGCAAGACCAUCAUCUUCUGCGACGAGAUCCACCGCUUCUCCAAGUCGCAGCAGGACGUCUUCCUCAAGCCCGUCGAGGCCGGCACCAUCACGCUCAUCGGCGCGACGACGGAAAACCCGAGCUUCAAGAUCCAGUCGGCGCUGCUCAGCCGCUGCCGCACCUUUACCCUGCAGGUGCUGUCCCUCGAGGACGUACAGCGCAUCCUACUGCGGGCCCUGCAGCAAGAAACGGACGGCGCGGCCGCGCCAAGCCCCCUCGUCGACGACGAGCUGCUGCACUACCUCGCGGCGUUUGCCGACGGGGACGCGCGAACGGCGCUGAACCUGCUCGAGCUCGCGCUGUCGCUCGCCAACAACCCCACGCCGCCGGCGGACAGCGACCACCCGCUGACCAAGGACGACAUCAAGGCGGCGCUGACCAAGACGCUCGUGUACGACCGGGCGGGCGACCAGCACUACGACACCAUCUCGGCGUUCCACAAGGCGGUGCGCGGGUCCGACGCGGACGCGGCGCUGUACUACCUGGCGCGCAUGCUGCAGUCGGGCGAGGACCCGCUGUUCGUGGCGCGGCGCAUGGUAGUGAUCGCGUCCGAGGACGUCGGGCUGGCCGACAACACGCUGCUGCCGCUGGCCACGGCCGCGUACACGGCGACGCAGCAGAUCGGCAUGCCCGAGGCGCGCAUCCCGCUAGCCCACUGCGCCGUCGCCCUGUGCCUCGCCCCCAAGAGCACCCGCUCCUACCGCGGCCUCAACAACGCCUACUCGGCCCUGCAGGAGCCCGGCGUCGCCGGCCUGCCCGUGCCCCUGCACCUCCGCAAUGCCCCGACCCGCCUCAUGCGCGACCUGGGCUAUGGCGCAGAGUACAAGUACCCCCCCAACUACAAGGACGGGAAAGUCAGGCAGACGUACCUACCCGAUGCCCUGCUCGAUCGCCGCUUCCUCGAGGAUAGGGACCUCGGGACCGAGAUCGAUCCGGACGCCAACAUGGCGGAUUAGGGGAAUGGAAUGUAUUCUUAAUUUUACGGCCCAUGGUUUGCGGUUCAUGUCUCUCCCAGACCACUGGGGUCGGGUUUAUUGGUUGGUUUGUUAGAUAUAAUAGGGGUUUGGGCUUGGUUUGGCGCCCUUUGCUCUUUGGAGGAGUCACCUAGGAUACCGAGGCAGUCGAUUUAGUAAUAGAGGCGAUUAAGAGUUUCUUGUACAAGACGUACGAGGUUCCUGUAUACCUCUACAAGCUCUCUGAUACGGAGUAUCUA